CAGCCGGUUGAGCUGCUUUCUCGCGCACCCUGUUUCACACCAGCAACACAACACAUUUCUGUCCAUUAGAGUAGGUCUACACCAGCACAUUAUUUUGAUUUGUUUUAUUCAUUAUUUCUGAUAAAUUAUAUUAAUAAUGUCAUUGAAUUCACUUAUGUCGUCGUCUCAACGUGCAGCUUCUACGCAACCAGUUUCUUUCUGCUUCCUUCUCUGCUUUUUGUCGCAUUGGAUUUAAAGGCAAAGCAGAGUUGAACAUAAAUCUGAGUUUAGACCCCAAGUGAUACAUGGUUGCUGCCUUACACACGGUAGCUGUAUGGUCCAUCGGAAAGGCAUGACUUUCGGUGACUCGACAGUGUCCUAGGCUGAAUUUAAGAUCGACACAUCCCGGAUAGGAAACCGUCGCACAGUCGGGGACCAAGCUGGAACUCGUCCCCCUGUCCGGCUGAUCAGAGACAGCUGGGAGCCUCACAAAACAGAGGGACACAGUGAAGGACACAGGGGUCGCCUGUCCAGAUAACCCGCCCUUGCUGGAUCAUGGGUAACCAACAUGGCAAAGACGGCCACAGCACUACAGGCUCUCCCCUAGAUUUCUUCCACACGCCUCCCACCACACCCUCAGAUUCCGAUCUGUCUGCCAUGGCCUUGUCCUCUACAGCCGCCUCUAAUAAGGCACAGACGCCGUCACCAGCCGGCAGCAGCACCACCCCCUCCUCCACUUCUCCAAUUGCAGACUGGACACAGAAGCUGGCUGCUCCCUCAGAAUGGGCCGUUAUAAGCGAGGACAGCAUCACCAGCUCAGAAGCGGCCGUGAGCAAUGCAGAAGUGAGGCACACGAAGGCAGAGCUCAGCCCGGGCAGCCCCUCGUCUCUGCAUUCGUCCAGAGCAUCGCCAUCAGGGCAGAGCUGGCAGGAUCAGGACAGCGGAGUGGAGCCGCAGGCUGCAGUAGAGAGAGCUGGAGAAGAGAUGACCCUGGUUUUACUCAGUCUGAUGGAGCACUAUAGAGUCUCUCUAGGCCUGAGCACCAACACUGAUGUAACCACAGGAGCAGUAGAGCUGCUCAGGCGCCUGAUAUCAGAAAAGGAUGACCUGGUUGAUGAGGUGGACGCACUGAGAGAGACACUCAGGACAGAGAGGCUGGAGUGGCGUCAGUUCCAGAGUGACCUGCAGGUAGCAGUGUCUGUGGCCGACCGGCUGCGUGCUGAGUCGGAGCAGGCCAUGGAAUUGCUUCAGGAAAGCCACAGGGCUGUGAAGGAGCAGCUGGAUCAGGCCCUCAGCAGACAGCAGGAAAAGGAGCAAGAGCUGGAGAUUCUGAGAGCUGAGCAGAGAGACGUUCGCCUCAAACUGACUGAACUCUCAAAGCAGCAGCAACAGGAGUGGGCCGAGCUUAAAGCCCUGAGGAACACCAGCAGAGUGAAAGAUGUGGCAAACUGUGACAAACAGGCUGAAAGACAAGACUCUGAUGAGGGGCAGGGGGGGGAAAUACAAAAAGUAAAAGAGGAAAAUCGCAGGGGAGAUAAAGACGAGGUGGAAGCUAAAAACAUUGAAAAGAAAGAGGAGAACGGAACAGAUAAAGAGUUGGAUGCUAAAGUUGUUGAUCAAGAUCUUGAGGAGGCAAACGAAUCAGGGAGCGAGCUGCUGAAAGGGAAAGGAGUUGCGGAGGGAUACCUUCGCAGUUUGGCUGUGCAGGAAAAGAGGAAAGACGAGGGACGUGGGCAGAAGGAUCCAAGGAGGAUUGUUAUGUUGUCUGAAAGAUCUUGGAGUCUCUCUCGUCUCCCGCUCCCAUGUGACCCUUCCAGUGAAAAUGGGACCCCCAAAAAGACAAGCUCAACAUUGCCUCUAUCCAAGAAAGAAGAGCUUCCGAACCGAAGAAGGAUGGACCGUGUUUUUCAUAGGCAGGACAGCUGGUCCAGCUUUUACACAGGAAAACAGGAUGAGGACCAAAGCUCAGAUUCUACCAGACCUCAGGAUGGUUUCAGCGCUCUGUUGAGGCGUUAUGGCGGCUCCAGAAGAAACUCCCUGCUGCGCUGGUGCCAGAGUCGUACCCAGGGUUAUAAGAAUAUUGAGAUCACAAACUUCAGCAGCAGCUGGGAGGACGGCUUGGCGUUCUGUGCAGUUUAUCACACGUUUUUACCAAAUCGCAUCCCGUAUGACACCCUCAACCUGGUGGACAAGAAAGAAAAUCUCGACCUGGCUUUUAAGACAGGAGAGAGUGUAGGAAUCACAGCUACACUGACAGUUGAGGAGAUGCUGAAAUCGGACGGGCCAGACUGGCAGAAGGUCCUGGGUUAUGUUGAAAACAUUUUCCGCCACUUUGAGAUGAUUGUUUUCUGACGCCCAGAUGGAAGAAACUGCACCUUGUAGUCAUCUUAUUGUCUACAUACCAUCUGUUCAGAUCCAAAAAGCUGCUGGGUAAUAAGGUACAAGACACAAGAAGAAUCAGCACAAGUACAGAAUAUGAGUUCCUUUCACAUUUGUUACAAGGUGCAGGGUGCACUGGUUUUGCACUGUUUGCCUUCUUUUUAAUAAAUAAGGAGCACUUUAGGAACAUGUUUGUUUUUGUAUAGAUGUUUAAGAAUAUGGGGCACUUUAUUUGUCUUUACUUACCGUGCAAGUUUUAUCAUGAACCUCUUCUGCUAUGAUGUCUGCAUGCACCUUAACUUAAAGCCCACUGAACAAAGGAUGGAGAGAGGCCUGAUCCCAGAUUUUAUAUAUGAGACUAGGGAUCUUUUAACUUUAUAUUUUGCUGCACCUGUCUAAGGAAGAUAAAAUCAUUACAGAAAUGUAUAUAUGUACAUGUGUUAGCGCUUCAGAUUUUUUUUUAAAACAUUGUAAACAUAUGAGUAUGUUGUUGCUAAAGCCUUAUUGCAAUAAUAAAGUUAUGUAUAUAUGCAA